GCCCAAACUAAAAGAAAAAAGAUUUAUGCCCCCUGGAUAUAGUAAUUUACGCUUAUACCCUCGUCCCGAGCGCGUCACUAGUACUCUUCCUUCUCCGGUCCCAUCGACCGCCUCACUUCCUCCCCCAAACCCAAACAAACAUACUCCCACAUUCCGACCACCAACAAUCCAAUGCACCAACUGUUCCUUCCCAUUCUGCUCCUCCCAUCGCCGCCGCCGUCUCCGAUGCCGAUUCUCCCCUUCCCCCGCCGCCCCUAAUUCUCCAUUCCUUAGGGUUUAGAAACCAUAAUUCCACACAAAUUUCCUUUUAUCUUUUGUUUGUCGCCUUUUUUUUUUUUUCCUUUUUUUUAUAGAUAUAUAUUUUUUGGUUGGUGCAAGUCGUGGAGUGGUCUCCUACUUGGAUAAAUCAUUCACGAACAAACGAACAAAGAUUUAACCGACCUUAAUUCCUAGGUCUUUAAUUGCAGAGUUGGUUGAGAGUUUCUUUAGACUUUUUCCGUUUGUGUGAGGGGAAAACGACAGAAACAACAUUAAGAUUGAAUUUAAAGAAAGCAACGAAUUGUGUUUCGGGAGCACACGAACGAACGGGGAACCGUUGUCGUAUCUAUAAUACAUAGUUGUGUAUGGCUCCAGGACGAAAGCGUGCGAAAGGCGUUGGCGGUCCUGGAGGUGGAGGAGCUUUGCGUCUCGGCGAUCUCGUACUUGCCAAAGUCAAGGGUUUUCCUGCCUGGCCGGCUAAGAUAAGCAGACCUGAAGACUGGGAACGAGCACCUGACCCGAAGAAAUAUUUUGUCCAGUUCUUUGGUACAGAAGAAAUUGCUUUUGUUGCCCCUGCGGAUAUUCAGACUUUCACAGUUGAGGCUAAAAACAAAUUAUCGGCCCGUUGUCGUGGGAAAACUGUCAAAUUUUUUGCCCAAGCAGUUAGGGAAAUUUGUGAAGAAUUUGAGCGGUCGCAGCAGCGGAGUUCAAGUUUUCAUGGAGAUGAUGAGAAUCAAUCAGUUCCUGGAAGUGACACACACUUCACUGAUGGCGCAACUGAUGAUGCUAUAGAUACGGACUCAAUAGAUGGGAAUGGCAAAGAAGAAACUAACCUCCAGAUAGAGUUUAGAAGCUUGGGUGACCAUAGUUCUGGCCUUGAGCGAUGCUCUCUUAGACAAGGGGAGUUAGACCGAAGAAGAAUCGAGACUUGUGCUUCUGAUGCUGCAAGUGGGGGUUCAUCUACAUCUGGUUCAGAUAGUGAGUCAAACAAGGAAAGUUUUCAUGACAGAACUGAAGAGUUCUCAGUGAAAAUGAAUCGUAGAGGGGGCUCAAAAGGUAGUAAGGACAAUCUUGUUUCUGUUGGAGAUGAUUCUGGGGUAUCAUUAUCCAGGAAUCGUCAGGAGGAGGAUGUUAAAAAUGGGCACAGACCAAUCGGUUCUGGGUCGAAAAAGAAAGGUGAUAGUGCAGUUGGUUCAACUAACAACUCAAGUAGCGGUGUUGGCCUUUCUUUAUCCAAUCACAAGUCUGGGAGCUUCUUUUCGGGAGAAAAGGCCUUACAUGGCAAGGGUACAUCUGAAACUGAUGUAGGGAAAAAAACUGACAAAUUGCUUAAACGUAAGGAUAGUUUUGUGGAGAAGGUUAAGCCUCCAUUAGAUGUUGAAGGAAGAACUGUGAAGGACAAGACUGGACUAUCUGACAAGAGACUAGGGCAAGGGAAACAACAGCCUGUAGAAUCUUCACACCCAGCCAAGCGGCCAAAAUCUGUAGAUAUGACAGAUGCUUCGAAGGGGUUGCUGCAAACCAGCCGAAAGGUGAAUUCUCAAAGUCGGGAUGACAAAGUGACUAGUUUAGAUGUUGAGAAGUCGAAGUUUCAGGGAAAGGCUGAAAAUAGAUUUGGAACUAAACCAGCAUCCGCUACUAUUGAUUCCAAUCUUUCUGGUGAUGAAGAUGUUUUGCCUCCAAGCAAGCGACGUCGCCAAACAUUGGACUCUAUGUCCACUUCCUCUGUUUUGAGUUCUGAAAGUCGAUUUGGAAGAAGUUCUUCUAUGGUUAAAAAUGAUUCGAGGCGGAGGGCAGUUCGCCUCUUUGAUGAUGAAGAAGAAGAAGAGCCAAAGACUCCAAUUCAUGAUGGUUCAACAAAAAAGGUGUUGGUUACCUCGCACGACCAAGUUUCUACCAAGAAAGGAGACACGCAUGGAUCUUUCUAUAACCAAUUGGGUAAACGAGGUUCAGGUACUCCUGAGAAUAAAUCCUCUAAGAAGUUGGUAUCUGCUGGAGAUAAGCCGGUUGAGUACCUUUCUCCUAAUUCCCAGAAAAUGGAAAAGGGCCAUGGAAAACCGGUUGCUUCUCGUGUUAGCCCUUGGAAAUUAGAUGCUGAAAGAGUAUCGUCCAAAGAAGGGAAAGAGACUACUGUUUCCCCUGAAAGGUCUCUUUCUUCUGUUUCUGCUAAGUCACUGGUAGAACCCCCAAAACCCAACAAGCCCGUGGGGAAAGCUUCUGACAACAUGCCUCAGGGGAAAACUUCAUCUUACAAGGAUUCUGUUGCAACUACUGGGAGCAUUUACACAUCAGCCCAUCAAAUGUAUGAAAGGAUCAAGAUGGAUUCUUCUGCGGAAAUGAAUAAAGGCACUCCUAAAUCACAUUGGAAAACCAGUGACCCAAUCCAUCAGGCAGGAUCUGUUAUAGAAAGUCGUUCAUUGCAGGGUGAAAGAUCUGAAACUGGGAAAGAAGCUAGACUAAAUUCUGAUGAUCACAGAAAUUCAGAUUCGACAUCCAUGAAACAUCUUAUUGCAGCUGCUCAAGCUAAAAGGAAACAAGCUCAUUUACAUAAUCUCAAUGGACAUUUUGAUUCUCUUGUAGGGCGGCGAACUGAUGCACAAAUGAGAAGUCCCAGUCCUGCACCUGUUUCUCACCCCACGGUGUCCAGUAACAUGGCACCGCCAAACUCAUCUGUAGCUUCUCCUCCGUCUGAUGUUUUCCAAAGUUCAUCAAUUAACCCACACGACAAUGAUGAAUUUAUGGAAAGACGUGUUAGUUCUGGGCAUCAGGCUGCUGGGGGCUCGCUUAGUGGUGGUACUGAGGCUGCUGUUGCUCGUGAUGCUUUUGAAGGAAUGAUAGAGACUUUGUCAAGGACAAAGGAGAGUAUUGGACGUGCAACACGUCUUGCAAUUGACUGUGCUAAGUAUGGCAUCGCAAAUGAGGUUGUAGAACUUCUUAUUCGGAAAUUGGAGAGCGAAUCAAGCUUCCAUCGCAAAGUGGACCUGUUCUUCCUUGUGGAUUCAAUAACCCAAUGCUCUCACAGUCAUAAAGGCAUUGCUGGAGCCUCUUAUAUACCCUUAGUCCAAGCAGCAUUGCCUCGUCUUUUAAGCGCCGCUGCUCCUCCUGGACCUGGUGCUCGUGAAAAUCGUCGUCAGUGUCUUAAGGUUUUGCGAUUGUGGCUUGAAAGGAAAAUUUUACCUGAAUAUCAUUUGAGGCGUUAUAUGGAUGACAUUGGUGCAGCAAAUGAUGACACAUCCUCUGGUUUUUCACUAAGACGUCCUUCCCGAGCUGAGCGGGCUAUAGAUGAUCCUAUUAGGGAAAUGGAAGGCAUGCAAGUUGAUGAAUAUGGAAGCAAUACAACUUUUCAGUUGCCGGGAGUGUUUUCUCCUCAUCUGUUUGAAGAAGAAGAGGAAGACGAGGAGGUGGGAGUUCCAAAUAGUGAUACCAAGGAAUCUGUAGAGUUAUCACCUUCGGAACAGACCCCUGGUGCAGCGGAUCUAGAAAAUUAUACUGUCACCCCAAGUGAGAGGCGUCACCACAUAUUAGAAGAUGUUGAUGGUGAACUUGAAAUGGAAGAUGUAUCUGGACAUCAAAAGGAUGAAAGACCAUCAACGUCCUGUGGUGCCUUCGGUAUUGGUUCGAGACGUUUGGAUUCAAUAAAUUUACCGGAAUCAACAUUAAGCAUGCCCUUUGAAUUGCCACCUCUUCCUGAAGGAUCUCCACCACCACCUCCAUGUUCUCCUCCUCCUACGCCACCUUUGCCAUCCUCUCUGCCUCAAUCCCCAUUGCCACCUCCACCUCCGUUGUCUCCGGUGCCACCCCCUCCACCGCCACCUCCUUUGCAGCCACCGCAAAUUCCUCCCCCACCCAUGGGCCCUCCUCCUAUGCCACCACCUCAACCAUCAUUACCACCUCAGCCCUUAAUGGUCCCUCAACAAAUGAACCUGCUUCCAUCAUCUAGUCUUGCUUCAUCCGUUGGAUCAUAUCAGCAAGUUCCUAGGCCUGCUGAAAUUGGGGGACUGCCCAGUGGACAUCCUACACCAAUCAAUGGAAACACCAAUCAACAGGCUUCUGGCUUUGUUCCAGCUGGAGUUGCAAGUGCACAAGAACUUUAUGGACACAAUAAUCCAUAUAUGAGUUCGUUGGCUUCUCAACCCAAUAUUCAAAUGCUGCCUGGAAAUGCCCCUUUUCCACAAAGACCUCCACAUCCCCCGCAACAAAAUACAUCAAGUCAUUUUUCAUAUCCGGUGCCUCCUGUCAGGCCGCAUCCUCCCCCUCUCAUCCAGCAUCCCCUUCCUCCAGUCCAGCAUCCUCUUCCUCCUGUCCAGCAUCCUAUUCCUCCAGUCCAGCAUCCUGUUCCUCCAGUCCAACAUCCUACUCCCGGACCUGCACCGCAACCUUACCCUCCACCAUAUCCUCAUCCUAAUUUUACUGAUGCACCACGGCAGUUUGUUGCUGAGGAUCAGUGGAGAUUGAGACCAACUAAUGAUUUCAAUGCCGAUCAUCCACGUGGCAUGUGGGUGCAGGGACUGAGACCUUCAGGACCAGUUUAUCCACAAGAUGGUUAUUUUGUGCAACAUCUCGAGAGGCCUUCUGUUGGUACUGCUAGUUUUCGACCCUCAGUACCCACCACCACUGCCUUUCAAGGUGGUCCUCCUGUUCAAGGGGGUCCUCCAGUACCAGGUCAUAAUGCGACGCACAUGAUUCCGGGUAGGCCAGAUAUGUCAGCAUUCAAUUGGAGACCUGCUUGAGAAAUGCACAAAAUAUCUCAUCUUUAUGGGUGUAUGAGACCAGUGACUAUGGAAUCUGCUGCUCACAAAUGCGCGGCUGAUCAAUGAAACAGGAUAUGAACUAAUGUCAUGACAAGUUAUGAAGAUCUUUAGCAGGAUUGUGUAUAAUAUAAUUUGCCUGACAAAAAGCAUCUCGCAAACAUAUACUUCAAAUUGUAAGCCAUUUUACUCAGUAGACUUAAGUUUUGUAAUUAUUUGAAAUUCACCCGAGAAUGGUGUUUGGCCAAAUAUUUCAAAUUGGCACUUCUUUUUUGAAGGAGAUAUAAUUUUUGUUCUUCUCAUAUAUGUUUAUACUUUCAUCUUGCUUUACUGCCAUUGAUUGUUUCUUUUUUUUUUUUUUCCAGAAAAAGAACAAAUGUAUAUCAUCUGUGAACAUGAAUACUCUUAAUAGGGAAUGUAUUUUUGUUUCUCUCCUUAGUGAUCUUGUUUUAUUUCUGGAUUCAAGGUGAGGGUUGCAUCUAAAGCAUAACAUAAUUCACUAGUUACCUCUUUUAAUGUUAAAUUUUCUUUUUGCCUCUUUUAAUGAUAAGAACUAUUUUCCACAAUGAGUUAGUAUGUUGUGAUUAUAAACAUUGUGACCUAUAUGAAUUGUCACAGUGAGUAACAACAGUGUUAUCUUACUUGAUUGUUCAUUUGGUGCCAACACAUUACCACUCUUCACCAACAUGUCAAGGGCAUUGUUUCAGCUCUUGAUUAUGAGUUUUGGCUAGAUAAAAAUGAGAUGAACAAGAAAAGUUCUUUUGAGCGUAUAUGUGUGUGUGGGGUUUCCGAGCUACUUUUUAUCCCCUUCCCUCAAUAUAAACCCUUCGCCUACUGCAUUCAAACAAAGAGAAAACCCAUAGUUACCAUCGUUCCUAUCUGUGUCUUGGAGUUUUUCCAGUACUAGUAUAUGCUGUAAUUUUUAAUUAUGUUUUUUUUUUUGUACACCAAGAAAUUGGAUAAUAAGAUUGCUAAAUCUUCUCUCUUGUUUAUUUAACAAGAACCACAUUAGAUAAAUCAAGCUACAUGAUCUUAUGCUGAGUUGCAUUUUUAUUCUAGCAUUUAAUUGUUGAUUGACUUCUAUCGGAGUUAAGUUAUUGCCAGAGGCCAAAGGUGAGUUCAUCGAGAGACCUGGUUUGCUGAGUUUUCCCUACGCCUCAAGCAUUGAUUGGCAAUUUUUUGUUUUGUAGGUUUGGACAAACUUUUUUUUUCUCCUUCAGACAUAUAAGAAGGAAAAAGUUUUUUUCAAUUAAACUUUGUCCAGCAUUGUUCUGGUUAUCAAUAUUGUAAGGUUAUAUAUGACAGAUUCAUUGCCUUGUUAUGCCUUUGACAGCUCACAUGUUAUUUGGUUAUUCUAAUUAGUCAAAGCCAUAUCAAUCUCUGAGAGAAAUAGUGUUUUUCUUUUUGCUUCAGGGGGUU